AUGCCCGCACAGAGGAAACAGGCAAAAAUCAUCAUUCUUGAGGAGCUGAGGAUGCAGGGAAUAAUCAAGAGUCAAAGUACCACUGCCAGAACUGUAGAAGCAUAUGAGAACAAAAGAGAUGCCCUGGGAAAGACGGUGAAGAAACCCCCAGCUAGGCUGGAAAAAAAGCUUGGAAAUGAGGAAGUGGGUGAUUUUAGGCAGGACAUGAAGCCUUCUGCUGAAGUAAAGAAACAGGUUAGGGAAGAGGAACUGAACAAAACACCACAACACAUCACAUCAUUCCCCUCCCCCGAAAAAAGGGGGUUUUUGGUGAGUUUUGUGCACCAAACCACAAGGAAACAGACUGAAAAGGACUACCCAAGUUUUGAAAGUCAAGGAGAUCCAGACACCCUCAGCCCUCAUCUUUAGAUGCUGAUCCAGGGCUGCUGCUGAAGAAACAGAAUAACUGCAGUAGACACCAAAAACAAAUACACUGAGGAGAACACGGUCACUGAGUCUAUAACUUACAGCUGCAUCAAUGAAUCAAUCUGGCACGAAGCGCCCCCGGCAGGGGUCACCCUGUCCCGCGGAACUCUCCCGGCGCCGCUGCCCGGGCCAGCGCUGCCGCUGCGAGAGGCAACUCUGCCACAGGAAACUAUGCCAGCCAUCCUCCUCAGAGAUUUUUCCUACAAGAGUUACCUCUAUCGAAGGGAAAUGUUCUGUGUGAUGCUGAAAUGA